AGGGUCUGGAGGGAGGUGGAGGCCUGGGCCCUGCCCCGCACCGCGCCCUCUGUCACAUGCACGGGGAUUUUGGAGGGUGCCUUUGUGGACUGGAUGGCGAGUGGGGAUCUCUUACCGGACGGCUGUAUUCCAGGCUUGAUAACUCAAAGCAAUGUAAACAUGGUGACAAAGAUAAGCAGCAAGUUAAAGAAGACCUGCAGGGAGAAGCAGACAUCCCCAGGAGACUGGAAACAGGAUACGGAGAUUUUCCUAACUAGAAGACUGAUUUAGGUUCUGGGCAAGAUGACCACACUGACACGACAGGACCUUAAUUUUGGGCAAGUUGUUGCAGAUGUUCUUUCAGAAUUUCUAGAAGUGGCCGUUCACCUUAUCUUGUAUGUCAGAGAAGUUUACCCUAUUGGCAUUUUUCAGAAGAGGAAAAAAUACAAUGUACCUGUCCAGAUGUCCUGCCACCCGGAGCUGAAUCAGUACAUCCAAGACACGUUGCACUGUGUAAAGCCACUGCUUGAGAAGAAUGAUGUGGAGAAAGUUGUAGUUGUAAUCCUGGAUAAAGAGCACCACCCAGUGGAGAGAUUUGUCUUUGAGAUCACCCAGCCACCUCUCCUUUCCAUUAGUUCGGAGUCCUUGCUGUCCCACGUGGAGCAAUUACUGCGUGCCUUCAUCCUGAAGAUCAGCGUGUGCGAUGCCGUGCUUGACAACAAUCCCCCAGGUUGCACCUUCACAGUUCUGGUUCACACACGGGAGGCUGCCACGCGGAACAUGGAGAAGAUCCAGGUGAUAAAAGAUUUCCCAUGGAUCCUCGCUGAUGAACAAGAUGUGCACAUGCAUGACCCCCGGCUUAUUCCACUGAAAACUAUGACAUCUGAUAUCUUGAAGGUGAGCAGAGCAUUCUGGCCCAAGAGGUGGCUGAAACUAUCAAACAGAACUGACACUUGUUUCUCUCCUCCAGAUGCAGCUGUAUGUCGAAGAACGAGCCCACAAAGGCACCUGAUUCCAUUCCUGCAAGCCUUGUCCAAUCUUCCAGUGGAGCAAGAUCUCUCACAAACCAUACCUUGAUAACCCAGUCUCUUCAGCUGGCCUUCUGGAUGAAUGUAGAGCAGCUGCUGCCUCUUUAUUUCAAGUGCUCUUACCACUGUAUAUAGAACUGACUUGGAAUGUGGAGCCAGAGCCUGUUCCCAUGUACGCUCGUGUGUGAGAGUGAGUAUAGGUUUCAUUACAGUGAAUCCCUGGGCGCAGGAUACAGCUGACUGCAGUGUGCAGUCAGCGCUUUGUACAAAUCCAGUUCUUGCCUUAAAUAGGGCAUCUCCAUUGCACAUUAGUAGUGAUAUACAGGGAUCUGUUGUAUACUCCACUAGAGCAAUGGUCUUAUACCAAGGGUGAGUGAGGCCUUAUGUAGCGUUUGUCCACUGUGACUGUCCCAAGUAGUCUUCAAUAAAUAUCAAGUUUUACCCCA